AAGGACAGCUUCAUUACCCCGUCCACCCACCCAAUUAGGAGCCAGAUGGCGCUUCUGGCCAAUCAAAUCAUGGAUGCAAGGAUUCUUAGCAGCAUGAACGGGAGAGUGGAGCUCUCCCAGUUCCUGAGAGUCACCAAUCAAAGCCUUGUCACCCAGGUGAAUUCUGCCCAAGACGACAAUCGCAAGAACAGAAAGUAUCCCUGCCCGCUGUGUGGAAAGCGUUUCCGCUUCAAUAGUAUUCUUUCCCUUCACAUGCGCACCCACACCGGCGAGAAGCCUUUCAAGUGCCCGUACUGUGACCACCGGGCUGCGCAGAAGGGCAACCUGAAGAUACACCUCCGCACACACAAGCAAGGCAUUCUGGGCAAAGGCCGUGGGAGGAUCCGGGAGGAGAACAGGCUGCUCCAUGAGCUGGAGGAGAGGGCGAUACUGAGGGACAGGCAGAUGCGAGCUGGUCACGUUAGCCAACAGCAACCGCAGACGUCCAAUGUGAGCCAGCUCCCCAAGUCCCAGCCUCAGACGCAGGUCCUACCGCAGCCCCAGUUCUUAAGCACCUCCGGGUCGGCCGACAGCCUCCCGAAAGCGUCUGCCUCUCCGAAAGUGACCACCGUCCACGAUGAGCCCAUCCAGCCCCAGACCAAUGGCUUCCGCUGCUCGUUCUGCAAGGGGAAGUUCAGGAAGCAGCAGGAGCUGGAGCGCCACAUCAGGAUCCUGCACAAACCCUACAAAUGCACGCUGUGCGAAUUUGCUGCUGCGCACGAGGAGGAGCUCAUCGGCCAUGUCGAAAUGACGCAUAUCACCGCCGAUUCGGGCGCGGGACAGAAGCCUGCGGCCGGGUCCAGCGAGAAGGGGAAGCCCGUCGGCGAGUUCCCCUGUGAGGUGUGCGGCCAGACCUUCAGCCAGGCCUGGUUCCUGAAGGGCCACAUGAGGAAGCACAAGGACUCCUUUGAGCACUGCUGUCAGAUCUGCGGCCGCCGUUUCAAAGAGCCCUGGUUCCUCAAGAACCACAUGAAGGUCCACCUCAACAAGCUGGCCGCUAAGAGUAACCUCCCCGCCGAGCGCGACUCGUCCGUCGACAUGAGCAACCUCGCACCCGACCAUCAGAGCAGCCUGUACUCCCAGUACAUCUCCCACAUUCACAACAGGUUCCUGAUGGCCGACAGAGCCGAGCAGCCAGAUUACACCCAGAUGAUGGCCUCGACAGGCGCCGACAUGAAGGUCAGGGACAUGCUAGGGAGGAUGAUUUCCUCAGGUCCAGAUGCUGAGACUUCUUCUUUGUUGGGCUUAAAUCAUCUCCAUCAUCCACUGAGCUCCACUAGUAUGGAAUAUCUGCAGAAAAUCAUCUCGGCCAGAGACGCGCUGAACAGCAGCGGCAGCUACCCGGGCUGGCAGAUCAUGACGCCGGGGCUGCCUCUGGAGCAGCAAAUGUUCAGUCAUAAAGACCAGCAGCAGCAGCAGCAGCAGUGUCCCUCCUACCUGUCUGAGAGAUGUCUGCCUGCAGAUGAUGGGAAACUGGGUCUCGGUGACCCAGACACCGAGGCCACCAGCAGGCCGGGGAGCCCAGGCGGCGUGAGUCAUCAUGGGCCAACAGACAUGAUCACCGAGACCGGGAGCUCCCACUCCGGCACUGCUCUGGACCAUCGACCACAAUCUUCUUCUCCAGCUACAGGUGAGAAAGUCUACAGGUGUCCACUCUCCAGUGACUACACCGGCGUGCAGACAGCCUCCCUUGGCUUCCAUCUGGAUCGCUACCACUUCCCCCACUGGCAGAACAACAGGGACCUCUCGUCUCCGCUGCAGCUGAGCAGCAGCAGCAGCAGCAGCCCCAACCCCGGCAAGCUCAGACCCAGAUCCAGGGAGGACUGGAGCCCAGCUGCAAGUCAGUACCUCGGCCUGGAGAGCCACGGUGAAAAUGCCCUGCUCAUCAACAAGCAGCCUGACCUUGCAGACAAAGACGCGUGUGCAGACGCCUCUUCAUCUGCUCAAACCAGGAAGUCCCAGUAUGAGCCUUUGGAUUUGUCGGUCAGGCCGGAGUCCGUCCCGGCUCAUGCAGCCGCGUCUCCUGCUGUAUUGGUGCAGAUGUCUGGCGUUUUUAGUAAUGGACUCUCGUCCUCCGUUACCCGCCGGCUACAAAGUUACUCGAAUGCCACGGCCGAACUCAGUGUGAAACCUGCAUAUCAGAGUGACCUUUUGGUGCAGGCAACAAAAGAAGAGAUGAACGCACAGAAUGCAGGCUCUACAGGUCACGACGGUGAAGGUGAUUUUGAGAAAGCCGAGCAAGAGAGGGAGGAAAAAAUCGACAACGCUGCCAAGUGGAAGAUGGCAAAAAAUAAUGUCCUUGAGUCACAGGAGCCGGGACAGGCCGGCGAUGAUUUUGAGAGUCCUGCAGAGAGGAAGCAAGACAAGCUGGGGCAGUGGAGCAGAGGUGUGGCCGAAUCCCCCAUCGCCUCUCUGGAGAGCUUGACUCCGGGACAGGCCGAUCCAGUCCAGCAACAGGGUGGUCUGCUCUCCUUCCUGAGAUCCCAGGGGAGCCUGAGCAGCACGCCCGCCAGCGCACACAAAGCCAGCCUGAACGGAGGGGCGAGCAUGGACAAAGAUGUUGCAUCAGCUCGCAAGCCGUUCCAGUGCAGGUACUGCCCCUACAGCGCCUCCCAGAAGGGCAACCUGAAGACCCACGUCCUCUGCGUCCACCGCAAGCCCUUCGACAACAGCCUCUACCCGGACCGCCGCCUGCGGCGCUCGCACACGCCCCAAAUUCCCUCCAGAUUGCCACUGAGUAUCACGGGAGACAACGCGCCGGGGAGGGACCAGAUCGGCAUGACAUCGCUCUGUGGGACUUGAUGUUGUCAUAGCAACAGCACAUACAGACAGUUACGGUUAUUGUUUUAGCUUCACCUCCAAGGGGUUAGGAUGAUUGAGAUGGUUAAAAAAAUGUUAACAGCCAACCUUGAUGUACAUUCCAGUGUUUACUUGAAGAGCCACAGUACGUAUUUAUCUGUAGCAA